AUGGUUCGCUUAACAUUGGAGCUCAUUGCUAAAAGCCUCAGUCAAAAGAAUCGCAGAGAUGAAUCCCUGGCCCAGCACCUGAGGAAAAUAACGCAUCUCAAGCUAUCUAAUAAAAAUAUAGAUAUCAUUGAUGACCUAUCUUUGUGUAAAAACCUUAAUGUCCUUUACUUGUAUGAUAACCAAAUAAGACAGGUACAUAACUUGGACUUUGCUACAAACCUAAGACACCUGUACCUGCAAAACAAUUGCAUUACACGAAUGGAAAAUCUAGCAUCAUUAAUAAAACUUGAAAAAUUGUAUCUGGGUGGCAAUUACGUCACUGUAGUGGAAGGCUUAGAGAAUUUAGAAGAACUGAGAGAAUUACAUGUUGAAAGCCAGCAGCUUCCCCUAGGAGAAAAGCUCUUGUUUGACCCAAGAAGUCUUCAUUCACUAGCAAAGUCUUUAUCUGUUUUGAAUAUCAGCAAUAAUAACAUUGAUGAACUAAGUGAAUUAGCAGUUUUGGAAAACCUCUCCCAUCUCAUAGCUGUGGACAACCAACUUCACCGCGUGAAGGACAUGGAGUUUGUUCUGAGUGUGUGGACCAAGCUAAUCAAAAUAGAGUUGAAUGGGAAUCCUGUUUGCCACAAACCGAAAUACCGAGACAGGCUUAUACUACAGUCAAAAAGUCUUGAAUCCCUUGAUGGCAAAGAAAUAAAGGAAAUGGAAAGACAAUUCCUAAUGAAUUGGAAAGCCUCCAGAGAUGCCAGGAAGAAAAACAGAGCGGAAAGCUCAACAACUGAGCAUGCACCACAUUCACAUUUUGACAGUAAUGACACAGAUCAUCCCCAUUUCCCUAUUUACUACUACCCAUUGGGCAAAGGAAAACCAAAUUUUGCUAUUUUGUCUGAGGUACAUAGAUCUUCUCACAGUAGAGAGUCCCAGUCAGCAACCCAGGAAGAAAAUAAAGUUGCUGAAAAAAUCAGGAAAACUAUGAGACCCUAUGUCUUUUCCCGUAUGGGUAAUAAAGCGCAUGCGCCGAUGGAGUUGGUCAAUAUGCCUCCGCAUGACCUGCCCACAUUCAGUGGACACCUCAUACGUGACGAUGCCUGUGGGAUGAAUGAUGUGGCCAGUGAUCCAUUCCGGGCCUCUACCGAAGUUCCUGGCAAAGACGGUCCUCUGGAAAGAACCCGCGAGGUGCUUCCCGCUGCUCGGAGGAGUUCCGUUGCUCCGGAGCCCGAUCGGGAUGCAGGCGGUCCAGUAGGAUUGUUGGCCUCCGACCCAUUAAUAGUUCCACUGGACAGCGACCGCUUACCGGGUUUGGCGUUGUUCGCUGCGUAA